CCAGCCGGACUUUGUGACCUCCUCUCAGAUAGCUCUGAUCGUGGUCUGCUGGUGACGUUACGUACGACCCAACUGACAAGGGCUGGCUAAAAUUGACCUGUCAGUCGGUUCCUAAUAACUCUCGACAUGGACGCAGCAUCCAUAGCAGCGUACUGUGCGGUACCGCAAACAGAUUGUAAAGGGUGGUGCCCGGAUGAUGAAAUUGGCGGAGUCCCUGCCAGGGUUGCGACGUACGUUAUUGUUACGGUAUCAGGGCUUUCGAUUGUCGCAAUAAAGAAUUUGUCGGACAAGCGUUUCCUGUAUUGGUUCCAGUACACAAUCUUUUUUAUCCUUACCAUCUCCUCCCUCGUUUUUGGUGGGAUGUUGCGCAACAAAACACUAAGCGCGUAUCAUGCCCUCCUGGCCGCUUAUCUCUCCUUCGGCGCCAACAUUACCAUCACUGUCACUUUUUAUACUCUUCUGUUCAGCCAACGUGCCCUGGAUCUUAUCAUCUUCGUUUUAUCCAACCUACUCUUCAACGUCACUUGUGGCCUGCUGGUGAUAAAGCUUACCGUGAUAAAAUCAUCUAGAAAGAUAUUUGGGUCACAGGCGGCUUGUAAUUCCCGCCUGAACCUCGCGCCGUGGAGAUCCUCAAAGAUACCCGAUCAUUUUGUGUUCGUCAUCCUGGUCGGAAUGCCGUGGUUAACUGGGGUGAUUUAUAGCGUCGCCAUGAAAAAAAGUCGUUCCUCUAGUGUGGCUGCGGAGCCCUCAGUUAAGCAGAAGUCAAUUCUCUUCAUUUUAUUUGGGAUGGUGUAUGGGAUAUGGAUAACAGCUACGGAGUUUUAUGUAAAAUCGCAAGAGCUUCCUUUCCUUGGUGGAACAGACCGAACAAUCAAGCCUUCGCAGAUACCCAUAAUUACUCUCGCCGUGAUUUCUAUCCUCUUCCCUAUUCGCUCUCUCGUUCAACACAUUCGGAAGGAUGAUUCAUACGCCCACACACGUCUACCAACGCGUGAUACCGAGAAUCCAGAUCACGAUAACCAGGAUUAUACACCUUCUCGAACUCAUUCUCCUCUACAGCCUCAGCGCAACACGGCCGAUCAAGGGCAUAGCAGGACGGGUUUGGGCGCUCAAUGGAGGUCCUAUGAUCGAGCGCCUACCGAUGCUAGUCAACCAGCAGGCCUGAUGAGUGUCACUCGAGAUUACGAAAUGCAGGACCCAGUUCCACCAGCUUAUGUUUCUCUUCCUCUGAUGCGAUAUACCGAGGAGGGGUCAGACAGGGAAUUGUCGUCCGUGAGCUCAAGAUCGACUUUAAGAGCCUCUGUCAUUGAUGGAUCCAAAGCGGGGGUGGACAAGGGAAGUUGGUAGAGUGGGUUCCAGUUGGGUCUUAUAAUCUAUUCUCUGCAUCACUGCAUCAUUCUUUUGAUACAAUGGACCUGA